AUGUCAUACCUCUUCAGACAUUCUAGCGUUGGGACCUUAGCACAUUACAUUAAGCAUCGCAAAUUCGACUAUACCCGCACAACAGCAAAGCCGAUAUCUGCUUCAUCGUCGACCGACGACCUCCCCUUCCCAAAAGAAGAUGUCAUCACAGAUGCAGCUGUUGGAGCAGAGCUUAAGCAGCACCAGACCACACUUGUCGAUUGGAAUGGACCAAGCGACGCAAGCAAUCCUCAGAACUGGCCUCAAUCCCACAAAAUACUUGUGACGGUCUUGCUCUGCGUCUACACCUUCGCCGUGUACGUCGGCUCCUCGAUAUACACGUCCUCACAACAAGCUGUCAUGGACAAGUUUGAUGUCAGCCACGUCGCUGCCUCGCUGGGUAUUGCGCUCUACGUGCUGGGUUACGGUAUUGGAUGCCUGCUCUUCUCACCACUAUCUGAAGUACCGGCUAUAGGCAGAAACCCUCCGUAUGCGAUAUCUGGUUUCUUCUUCAUCAUCUUGUGCAUACCAACCGCGCUGGUGGACAACUUUGCUGGUCUGAUGGUACUGCGUUUCCUCCUGGGAUUCAUGGCAUCACCCUGUCUUGCCACCGCUGGUGCGUCUCUCGGCGACAUCUGGACCAUGGCGGAGUUCCCCUUCGCUGUCGCCCUUUGGGCUGCCGUCGCAACCUUGGGACCUGCGCUCGGCCCGACUCUAUCUUCAUAUGCCGUCAAGGACUUGGGCUGGCGCUUCUCGAGCUGGGAGCUGCUCAUUAUUGCCGGACCCGUAUACCUCGCCAUACUCUUGAUUUUGCCAGAGAGCUCAGGACCCACCAUCCUAUACUACAAAGCAAAGCGCAUGCGAGAGGAUACCGGAAAUCAAGAGUUGAUGUCGGCCUCGGAGCGAAAGCAGAGGGACAUGAAAGUUAGCAGCUUGUUGUUCGACGCGCUUGUCAAGCCUUGGGAGAUCAACGCUCUGGAUCCUGCUAUCCUGUUCACCACGGUGUACAUGGGCUUAUGCUAUGGCAUCUACUACUCGUUCUUCGAGUCUUUGCCUCUCGUGUAUCCCGUCUACUACGGCUUCAAUGCUGAGUCCACAGGCCUUAUCUUCCUCUGCAUCCUUCCAGCCUGUCUUUCUGCCUUUGCUGCGCAUGUGCUAUACCUCAAGUACCGCGUUUUCCCACGCCUUAUGAAUGGGACGUUCGGAGAACUCGAGAACCAUCUAUGGCCCGGUAUGGUCGCCAGUCCUGUCAUUGCAGUGGGCCUGUUCAUCUUCGCAUGGGCGUCCAGACCCUCGGUCCAUUGGAUGGUGCCUACUAUUGGCCUUAGUCUUACAUGUUUUGGCAUCUACUUCAUCGCUCAGAGUGUUCUGCUCUACAUUCCCAACAUUUACCCGACAUACGCAGCCAGUAUCUUCAGCGCCAAUAGUCUGAGCAGAAGCGCGUUUGCAUUUGCGGCGAUCCUAUUCGCAAGGCCCAUGUUCCAGGGUAUUGGGAUCGAUGGUGGUGUGAGUUUGCUGGCAGGCUGCAUGGUGCUGUGCUCUUUGGGCAUCUUUGCACUUUACAGGUUUGGCAAGACGUUGCGACAGCGGAGUCGCUUUGCUGUUGUCUGA